CCCGCGGAGGGAACCCCGGAUGCCUCGGCAGGCCGGCUGGGGCCUGCGGUGCGGCCGAGGUGCGGGGUGCGAGGUCACGGCUCCCUGGACCUGGCUGGGCCGGACUGGCUGGACCGGACGCGGUGGGAGGGGUCCCAGGGCGCCCGCGGGGCAGGAAGGAUGCGGGCCUCGCCUGCCCUCUGAGUCUCCCCUCCUCCGCGGGUUCUUCCUCUGGCCUGAGGGAAACCCGAGCUCCCAGAAGGGGGGGGGGUGAGGGGGUACAAGACCCAGGUUAGGAGAGGGGGCUGGUGGCCUUUCCUGGCUCGGUCCCCCUCCUCCUCCCCUGGCCCUUGGCUCCCCCCACACAAUGAACAGCUUGUUGAGAAUUUGCAUUUUAUGAAAAUAGGGUGGAAAGACAAAGGGGUCUCUCUCUGUGCUGCCCAGUCCUUCCUCCCUGGCCAUUUGGGAAGUGUCCCACCCCUGAGGCCAAUCUCUGGUUCUGGAGAAAGAAGGUCCCCUUAUCUUCCUAGCCUUGGGGAGGCCUAUGAGGAGAGGUAACCAGGGCACCAACCAGGGAGGCCCUAGGCUCUUUGGGGCUCAUGGGACAAUGGCUGGUCUGGGACAGGGCUUCUUCCAAGGAUCAAUACUUGGGGGGGGGGGGGGAGGGAGGGAGGGAGGGAGGGAGGGAGACUGCUUUCGUUUCUCAAGUGCCCUAAAGAGGCAGGAACCCUCAGCUCUUUCAUUCCCCCCCCCCCCCCAAAAAAAAAGCAAAAUAAAAAGAACUCCCAGUCUCUCUCCUAAGUAUGGUGAGACUUAAGGAUACAUUUGAGGGCUAAGAUUUUUGCUUGUUUGCUUGUUCUUGUCCCGGAAAGCAUCAAAUGUCCAGGCUGAGCUGGUCCCUGAAACACCCCGUACUUUGGAGGAGGCGAUGGGCUGUCCCCUCCUUCCCACAGUUGGGCUGGGAUGGCCCGCCCUCCAGACCUGGGCCCAGCGCCCAGCUCCCCAGCCACUGUCUGCGGCUGAGAGAUUAGGAGAGACCUGCCUAGCAGGAGGUCUCGGAGUGCCUUGACAGGAGUCUGGGCGGCCUGAGCCCUGCAGACAUGCACCCUGGGGUGGAGACGAUUCUGCCGAGAUGAAUGAAACGCCCACCCCCAGUGUGGGUGUAGAGGGUUCAGGAUUCCGCUGGAAGAAUCUCAACCAGAGUCCGGAACAGCAGCGGAAAGUGCUGACUUUGAAGAAGGAGGAAAACCAGACGUUCGGCUUUGAGAUCCAGACAUACGGCCUUCACCACCGGGAGGAGCAGCGUGUGGAGAUGGUGACUUUUGUCUGCCGGGUUCAUGAGUCAAGCCCCGCACAGCUGGCUGGGCUCACGCCAGGGGACACCAUCGCCAGUGUCAACGGCCUGAACGUGGAAGGUAUCCGUCAUCGAGAGAUUGUUGACAUCAUUAAGGCAUCUGGCAACGUGCUCAGGCUGGAAACUCUGUAUGGAACUUCGAUCCGGAAGGCGGAACUGGAGGCUCGCCUGCAGUACCUGAAGCAAACCCUGUAUGAGAAGUGGGGAGAAUACAGGUCCCUCAUGGUGCAGGAGCAGCGGCUGGUGCAUGGCCUCGUGGUGAAGGACCCCAGCAUCUAUGACACGUUGGAGUCGGUGCGCUCGUGCCUAUACGGGGCUGGCCUGCUGCCCGGCUCGCUGCCCUUCGGACCCCUGCUGGCCGCGCCCGGGGCCCCCCGCGGGGGCUCGCGGCAGGCGGGGGGCGACCCCGAGGACGCCGUCUACCACACCUGCUUCUUCGAGGGCGCCGAGCCGCCCGCACCGCCGCCCCCGCCGCCGCCCCCCGCCCGCGCGCCGGCGCUGGGCCCGGCCGAGUCGCUGACCCCGGGACUGCGGGCGGGGCUGAGCCGCAGCGCCAGCGUGCGGUGCCCGGGCCCCGGGGGCGGCGGCGGCGGGGGCGCGCCCGGCUCGCUCUGGACUGAGGCCCGCGAGCAGGCGCUGUGCGGGCCCGGCCUGCGCAAAGCCAAGUACCGCAGCUUCCGCCGGCGGCUGCUCAAGUUCAUCCCCGGACUCAACCGCUCCCUGGAGGAGGAGGAGAGCCAGCUGUAGGCGGGGCGGGAGGGAGGUAUUUAUUUAUUUAUUCGUUCCAGCCGGUGCCGAAAGCCAGGGAGGCUGGCACCCGGCCGCGGGGGGACCCCAGGAGCCCAGAGCAGCGGGAGAGGGUCCUGGCCAGCAGCUGGGUGGCCGGCUGGUCUCUGCCCAGCGCUGAACCCCGGCUCCAGACGCCUUUCCUGCUCCCGUAACCACCGUGGGAGCUGGCGCAGGGAGAGCCAGCCGGGCUGGGGCGGGGAGGUGUUCGGGGGCCAUCCUACAUCUGGUCAGCAGUGCCUUGUGGGGUGUCCAGGAAAACUCCUCCCGGAGGAGGACCCUGUCCCACGAAGCCUCUCCUCAGCUUUACUCGCCUCCUGGGCCUUGGGGAGAAAUGGCCUAUGGCCUGUAGCCCCCCCACCUUCCAUACACACAGUUCCAGCUAACGGUCCCCUCGCCCAGCGGCCUGCAACUAAGCUGGGUUCUCUGCCCCUUGGGGGACAGAAAUGGGCAUGUCCAGGUGGGGUGAGGGCAGGACCGGCUGUCCCACCAUUUUGCAUUUUGUUGCUUCUGAACCACAAACUGUAUAAAAUGGACGGUUUUUGCA